AUGGUCGCGGAUUCGACGGAUCGAUCCGUGCACGCAGCUCACUGCAUAGCAGAUGCCAUCAUCGCUGUGCUGGAGCAGAUCCAGGCCUCUCCUGACACUUCCUCGGUGAAGCGUCUGGGGCGUCUCAUCGAGGACCAGCGCCGCGCUUUGGCGCUCUGCGGCUUCCACUCCUUCGCCGCCUUCGAGGCUGCGCUGGACGCGGCAAGCGGCGACCAUGUGGCGGAGGCUCGGAAGCGGCUGCAGGGCGCUGAGGCCGCCUGGCGGGAACUUCUGGCCGCCAACGAGGCGUCUUUCGGAUCAAUCUCUCGGCUGGCGGUGGGUGACCCUGCGCCCAAGUUAGAGCUGCUGGCAUCCACAGGUCAGCGAAUCUCCUUGCAGGAGAUCUUGGCGAAAAGCCCUAGUGGAGUGCUGAUGGACGGCACCAUGUCGCCGCCCUCGCGGCGCAUGCUGAUGAACUGCAAGCACUCAACGAUCUACAAGUGGUUGAGCUGGCAAGCCCCUCAUUCCCUGGGGACCAAGACCAUGACAAUUCGUUUGAAGGUGGGCUGCGAUUUUCUGCACCUGAUCAAUCCCUCUACGCCGGGGCUGGCGGGGGAUGCUGGGAGCGCAUACGAGAGCUGGGGCUUCGGCAAGUCGGCGCUGGGCGUCUGGGCGCCCGAGGCGCUGCGCUUCUACGUGGACCAACGGCUGGCGGAUGGAUCCGACGGUGUGCCCCGCCCACAGGUGGUGGGAGCUCUUGGGAUCGUUGAUCCAGAGAUGGAGUCGGCCUGUACAGUGCAAGAGCUGACGCUAAAACGAUUCGUGCGGAGGCCGGUGCUUCGGGAAGCCGAAGCUCAUCGAGUGACGGGAGACAUCUUCGACCCCAAGUGCCUUGGAGCCUGGGCUCUGCACAGGAACACUCUGAAUGACGACCUUGAGGCGAUGUGGCUGUUUUCCUCGCUCUCCGGCGGUGUUGGUACAGAAGGGUUGUACAACUAUGCCGCUGCCAACACGUACCUGGACGAGCUGGCGGUGUUGAGGCGUUCCCAGGGCCUGGCGGCCGUGAGUAUCCAGUUCCCCGAGGUGGAAGAGGCGGGUAUGGCGGCCGCUUCCGGGGUGCGAGGUGAGUUUUCGGAGUAA